AUGGCUCUCUCCGGCAUCGAGAGAAACACCAUCACUUUCAAUUCUGCGAUCGCGGCUUGUGAGAAGAGUGCCGAGUGGGAACUGGCUUUGGAGAUCUUGAGACAAAUGGAUAACGAUCAGGUGCGCAGUGAUACGAUUUCAUAUAGCACAGCCAUCAGUGUUUGCGCAGCUACAGGCCAUUGGACGGUAGGGCUGGUUCUGCUUGACCACAUGUUUGCCAAGACAAUACCGCCUGAUGCCAUUGCAUUCUCUGCAGCUAUCACUGCCUGUGGAAGAGGGGAAGUGUGGGAUCGUGCAUUGGUGCUCUUGCGAGAUCUUUGGUCCCUGUCCAAUGGAGUGAGCAGUAUCAGCUUUGCUGCGGCCAUAUCAGCCUGUGAACGAGCCGGGCAAUGGACCGCGGCAUGCCAGGUUCUUGAGACAUUGCUGAGCACGAAUGUCGCUGUGGACGUUGUGCCUUUCAGUGCCACGAUUGCAGCUUGCUCGCGCACGGGAGAGUGGGAAAUAGCAUUGGAUCUGCUUGACCAGAUGGUGUCCAGGAGCACAGGCAAAGACACAGUGUCGUGCACAGCGGCCAUAAAGGCUUGUGCAACAUCCACCCGCUGGAACGCUGCAUUAUGUCUUCUUGGAACGAUGCUCGCGGAAAAGGUGCCUCCGGAUGUCGCCACCUACAGCGCAGUCUUAAGUGCGUGUGACCUUGGCGAGCGAUGGGAAGAGGCCCUGGUGAUCAUGCAUGACAUGGAACGCCGAUCCGCAGCCAUAGAUGGUAUACAUGUCGGCUGCGCAAUCAGCGCUGCUUUGAAGAAGAAGGGACGAGAGGCCGCCAUCCUCCUCCUGGAGGCGUUGCGGACAUCCUGGCCAGACAUAGACACCAGAGUAGUCCCAGCAGAGAUACACUCUGGGGAUAUUGAAAUCGUAUGUCGGCAUUCUGGUCUCUUGGUUCUCAACAAGCCAGCCGGUGUUCUGACCGAGGAUGCGCUUUCCUGGGCGCAAGGAUGGGCUGGGUCUCGGGUGACGGCUAUGUCUCGCCUGGAUGUCCCGACCUCCGGACUGCUUCCUGUGGCCCUCGGUUCGGAGGAGACAGCUUCGAGCAAGUGGUUCAAGGCGCAGUUCGCCAGCCGCCUCGUUCAAAAGGAGUACCUCUGCCUCUGCCACGGACGCGUGGAGGCAGCUGGGCCUCUGCAGCGCGUGGAGCUGCCGUUGCGCGUGGUACCUUCGGGCCCCGGCACAUCUCGCGCGCUGGUGGAUCCACUCGGCCGCGAGGCUGUAACCACCUACGAGAGCCUGGCCACGUACCCCUUGGAAAGCGAGGUCUUUUCGCUGAUCCGUGCCAGGCCGAAGACAGGAAGAAUGCACCAGAUCCGCGCUCACCUGGCGAGUGUGGGCCUGCCGUUGGUGGGUGAUCGAUGCCUGUCCUCAAGCCGUGCAGUUUGCUUUAAGCUGUUGGGCUGGCACAGCGAGGAGCUCAACAUCGUGACGCCGCUCCCUGUAGAACUUCGGCGUGUCCUCGUUCACUUGGGUGGAAAGGAGCCGGAGGAGAGCGAUUGGAAAGGCCAGGAAGAAGCGAAUGUAGUAGUUUACAAUGCCACCAUCAACGCUUGCGCACAAGGGCGGCAGUGGCAGCUGUCUUGGCUUUUGCUCUCUGAACUCGAAGCGCAGUACAUCGAAGCCACAGCCAUCACAUACAACACGGCUCUCACUGCGUGCGAACGAGCUUCUGCCUGGCAAAAGGCUCUCGAUCUGCUGUCUGUCUUCAUGUUCUGUCUGCUUGAGGCAGACAUCACCUCGUACAACACCACCAUCAGCACUCUCGCCAAGGGUGAGCAGUGGCAACGUGCCUUGGAGAUCGCGAAUCACCUUCACAAGGACUUGAACUUGAAGCUUGAUGUGAUUUCAAUGAAUGCCGCCAUCACAGCCUGUGGACGAGGCAGUGAAUGGCCACAGGCCCAGGCACUCCUGGAGGCUUUGCACGCCAAUUUCCUCGAGGCUGACACGAUCUCCUACAAUUCUACAUUGCAUGCUCUAGGCGGCAGUCAGAAAUGGAGCUUUAGCUGCCGACUCUUCGAUGAGCUGAUGCAGAAGUGUUUGCUGACAGACGUGAUCACCAGAAGUUUGCUUUUGGAGGCGACCUCCAAAGCCCGGGAAUGGUCUUCGGGGUUGGCUUCCCUGGACAAGCUGACUGCUCAGGGGGUUUCCUUGGACUCCGGGCUUGUCAGCCGGAGUCUUACCGCAGAACACAAGUGGAGGGAGACGGUUUCAUUACUGGCCGGAAUGAAGUGGAACACUAUUGAGUUGGACACGGCUGUCUACAACGGAAUCGGUAGUGGCUGUGUGCAUGCGCAGCAGUGGCAUCAGGCCUGCAACCUUGUGUCUAUACUGCGGUUUUCGGACAUGCAACUUGAUGUUGUGACCCUCAGCACUGUGAUUUGCGUGCAUGACGGAGAAGAAGAUGCUAUGUGGCAACAGGCUUUUCUUGUGUUGCAAGACUUGCCUGAGAACAUGGUUGAGGACAUGUUCGCGAAUUUGCAGGCGCUGGUCUCUGCGACAAGACAAUGGCAAAGGGCUCUGUGGGUCCUAGAAGAUAUGCGCUAUUCCCGUGUCGAGGCAGAUGCAGUGUCCUACAAUUCUGCUAUGGGCGCUUGCAUGAAGGCAGGCCUGCAACACCGCGUACCUGACUUGUUCCACCAACUUUGUGCAGUCCAAGUUCCUCCUGACCUGGUGACAUUCAACACCAUGAUACGCGCAUGCGGCAGUCAUUGGCAGAAAGUCUGUGCCCUGCUGCAAGAUCUGGAAGCCAGUAGCUUGGAGCCGGACCUUGUGACGUACAGCUCUGCAAUCAGCGUCUUCGAAAGGCAAGGGCACUGGGAGCAAGUCUUGGGGCUGCUUGAGGAGCUGUCUGUGAACAAGGUGGAGACGGAUAGAAUUCUCUGGAAUUCCGUUGUCAGCGCCUGUGCCAAGGGAAGCGAGUGGGAGCAUGCGGCAGGGGCUUUGGAGACCCUUCUGCCGGCGAGCCUGCGGGCGGACAUCAUUUCCUACAAUGCCGCCAUCAACGGACUAGGAAAAGCUGGAGAGUGGCAACUCGCCCAUCUUAGGCUUCUGGAGCUGAAGGCCACCAUGUGCCGGGCCAACCUGGUGACUUUUAACGCAGUCAUCAACAGUCAUCAAGAGCGCCAGAAGUGGCAGGAGGCUUGGAGAUUAUUAGGGCUCGUCGCUGAGGCAGGGCUGGAAGCAGACGUCAUCUCUUUCAACUCAGCCCUCAGUGGAGGCAGUGGCCCGUGGAAGGGCAUCUUGUCUAAAUUCGAGGACUUGCGCCGCGGGCGGCAAGGCCUGCAGGUCGAUGCCGUGACCAUGAGCAGCGUGAUGGCCAUGGGACAGGCGUCGGUCAUAUCCUUCGCGAACGCGCUGGGUGCCUGUGGCCGCAGCGGCCAUCAGGAGGAGUCUCCUGAGCUCCUCGGGGGUUUGGAGAGGAGCACAGCAGGGCUGAUGCCGGAACCAGCUGGGCGGCGAGAAAAGGGAGAGACCCACAUCUGGCAGAGCUCUAUAGAGCCUCAACCUUGGCUUCGAAAUUCAAUCUCGACCAUCAACAGGUCAGACUCAGACAAGCCGGCAAGUUAG